AUGGCACCACGACCUCCCCCGCCAGCAGUCACCGAUCCGCCAAAGCCCGGCGCCAUCACCAACCCCGCCGUGGAACAGAAGAUUGGCCAGGCGACCUCCGUCAUCAUCCCUCUCCUCGAGUUCGGCGCGGUGGGCUACGAAACCUGGGUCUUUGUGUACCUGAUCUGUAUAAAAUACCUUAUCAACCCAUCGGACCAGAUACAGCGCGACUUCAACAUCCAACCUCGGCGGUCCACCGGCAUCGCGCUCAUCGUCGUAUACGCCCUUCUCAUGCUCUUCCUCACCAUAACAUGGCUGCGCCUCCUACAAAUGAUAUGGUCCAGGCCUGAUAUUGUUCCAUUCGGAAACACUGCGCAAGAGAAGGAACAUGCGAGCACUAGGGACUUUGCAUUCGACCAGUACGACGCAUUUGUUUGCGACUACCAAGGGCUACCGCUCUGGUGCGACAAGUGCCACAACUGGAAACCGGACAGAACACAUCACUGUAAGGAGUUGGGCCGAUGUGUAAGGAAGAUGGACCAUUACUGCCCUUGGGCGGGAGGAAUUAUAGGAGAGUCAACGCACAAGUUCUUUAUGCAAUUUGUAGCAUACGCGGCGCUGUACACGACUUUUACUUGGAUCGUGGUGGCUAUUUUCCUAGCGGAGCGCAAUUCAAAGAUGGGCUCACGGCCCGGUACUUGGAUUGGCGCUCUCGCAGUAGGGGUACUGUUCAGCCUCUUCAGCUUUACCAUGUCCUGUAUGACAGGCUGGAACCUCAUGAUAAACUACACCUCGGUCGAAGGCAUCCAACGCGGGGGCAUCCAUAACAUUGCCUUUCUCGUUUCCCAGCCAUCUCGCCGUUCGAGUACCACUCUUCCACCAGGAACGCCACCGUUGCCGUCCGGAAAGGCUCAUAAGAAGAACUCUGACAGGACUACAGAAGGAGAAAGGGUUGAAGAGGACUGGCCUAUUCUGACUACCGUAACUCGUGCUUCCAAGCGCUCCUACGUGGUGAUGCAGACAAAGCCAUUCGAACACCCUUGGUACACGAGCCUCAUGCAGGGCUGGAAAGAUACCAUGGGCAACGGUAUACUCGACUGGUUACUUCCAUUUAAGCAGAGCCCGUGCAAAAACCGGAGUCACAGAGGCGAGUUCGCUUGGGGAGAAGUGGUAUACGACAUGGCGCGGAUGUACGAAGAAAAGCAUCCCGAAGCGCGACUCGCGUUGCUUCACGGGUCAAGCAGGCGGUAA